CUGCUAUCAAGCCGGUGAAAUCCAUAGUCAAACUGUUAGUGAAUUCACUACCCAUUGUCUACAAAUUAAUAGCAAAAAGUGCGAAAACGGAAAAGAGAUAACCAGCGCGGGCUUGCGCAGCUUCAAAAUGGCGAAAGCAGUUCCGUGGAUAACAUGAAGCCGAUAAAUAUGCCUCUAGGACUAUUUCAUUCGAAGAAAAAUCGACAAUUGUUGCAAUCAAAAUGUUACUCAAAUGUUGCACAAGUUUGAUUAUUUUCCUCGCAGCUUUCGCGUUGCAUUCAGAUUCAAGCGAACAGCAGCAACAGCACCGGACCAAAGCAGCCACAGAAAAGCAGCACGACUUGUGGUGCUAUCGAUGCGAUACUAUGGUGGAUGGUGAACGAUGUCUUGAUUUGGCAGGAAAUUAUUCUUACAUGCAUACUAAAUGCCACAAAGAACAGAAAAAAUGUCAGGUCAGGAGGAUUUCAAUGUCGACGAGUACGGACGAAAUCACCGGAAGACCGAAAAUGUGGCUGUUGCAACGCAACUGCUCAGAGACUUGCGAACCGGGCUGUAUAGUCAUAGGGGAGAGGACAAAGUUGCACUCUUGUAUCACUUGUUGCGAUGAGAAAAAUUUUUGUAAUGCCGGGAGCGGAGCUGCAGGAUUGCGAAGCAUGUUUAGUUUGAUUUUGUUCAAUGUGAAGCAGAUUUUAUGACCAUAAUUUUUUUUGAUAUUUAUCAUAUUGUUAUUAUGUAGUUCUUUUCUCCAAUAAAUUUUCUUGAAACAA